AGGGCUUUCAUUUUCAGUCUCUGCCGGACCGAUCAGACCUCUGCGAGCGGCGGUGGCAUUGCAUGUACCGGACCGAGCCGUCGUUUUCCGAAGUCGACCGGCGUUGUGUUUUUUCGACGUUCGUGGUUUUGCCGUUUAAGCAUUUCUAUUCGAAGAAAUGGCGGAGGUCAACAGCACUGGCAAUGAGAUUCCUCCGAACAUGACCAUCUAUAUUAACAAUCUCAACGAGAAAAUCAAGCUGGAAGAAUUGAAGAAGUCGCUGAACGCGGUGUUCUCGCAGUUCGGGAAGAUUCUGGAAGUAUUAGCUUUCAAAACCUUGAAGCACAAAGGACAGGCUUGGGUUGUCUUCGAAGAAGUAUCGUCUGCCACUAAUGCGCUUAGACAAAUGCAGGGCUUUCCUUUCUAUGAUAAGCCUAUGAGGAUACAAUAUGCAAAGACGAAAUCGGAUGUUAUCUCGAAGUCUGAUGGUACAUUUGUUCCCCGGGAGAAACGAAAGAGGCACGAGGAGAAGGGGAGGAAGAAGAAAGAGCAGCAUGAUGCUAAUCAAGCUGGGAUGGGUAUGAAUCCUGCUUUUGGUGGAGCAUAUGGUGCAACAGCGCACUCUCAAGUACCUUAUUCUGGUGGAGUUAUGGUGCCAGAAGCACCAGCCCCACCCAAUAGCAUUUUGUUUGUACAAAAUCUUCCCCAUGAAACGACUCCAAUGAUGCUACAAAUGCUGUUCUGUCAGUACCCUGGUUUUAAGGAGGUUCGUAUGAUCGAAGCAAAGCCAGGUAUUGCAUUUGUAGAGUACGCCGAUGAGGUACAAUCGACAGUCGCCAUGCAAGCGCUACAAGGUUUCAAGAUGAACCCGCAAAACUCGAUGUUGAUAACUUAUGCAAAGAAAUAGGAUAGCAAAUCUUGGUCUCUUCACUGUAUGGAAAGCCAACUGCUAUCUUCUGAUUCUCAGUACAGGAGAUCGUGUGUAAAAUACUGUCAUCAUGAACUUGCUGAAAAUUCUAUUCAGAUCAGUUUUCUUAACUAGGAAUAGAACAGAUCUCGGAUCCCAUGAACGCAGCGGUUGCCAUGAUUAUCGUUGAACUCGUAGUAAAGUUUGAUUUUCAUUAUCA